UUUCCUUUCUACUUUGUACAAUUUCGUGGUGCUUCGUCUCUCAUCAAGUGCAAGGUGCCGUUCCGUAGACUAUCCGUAUAGGCGUGUGGUGAUUCAUUUAACAAUCGCACACAUUUAUUUAUUUAUCGUAACCAUAAGUAAGCUAGGCGACAAUGGAGAAUUAUGAUGUUACAUUCAAUCAACCGGUUGUAAUAGAUAAUGGAUCCGGAAUUAUCAAAGCUGGUUUCGCCGGGGAUCAAAUACCGAAAAGUCGCUUUAGCAACUAUAUUGGAAGACCAAAGCACCCUAGGGUGAUGGCUGGUGGGUUGGAAGGCGACACAUUCAUCGGCCGCAACGUGGAUGAGCAUAGAGGCAUCAUGUCCAUCAAGUAUCCAAUGGAGCAUGGCAUUGUAACAGACUGGAAUGACAUGGAGAAAAUCUGGGCGUUUGUUUAUAGUAAAGAUGAACUAUCAACAUUCUAUGAAGAGCAUCCUGUGCUGCUAACUGAAGCGCCGCUAAAUCCACGACCGAAUCGUGAAAAAAGCGCGGAGAUCUUCUUCGAAAGUUUCAAUGUGCCUGCACUUUUCAUUUCAAUGCAAGCUGUACUUAGUUUAUACUCCACUGGUCGUACUACAGGAUUAGUAUUAGAUUCAGGGGAUGGUGUGACACAUGCAGUGCCUAUUUAUGAAGGAUUUGCAAUGCCGCAUAGCAUUCGGCGGAUUGACGUAGCCGGCAGAGAUGUUUCCAGAUACCUCAGAUUGUUGCUGAGAAAAGAAGGCAUUAAUCUGCGGACAACUGCCGAAUUCGAAACGGUGCGCACAAUUAAGGAGCGGUCGUGUUAUUUGGCGAACAAUCCGCUGAAAGAAGAAACAUUAGAUACGCAGCACAUUAAUUAUCUACUGCCCGAUGGUAAUACGAUUCAAAUAGGACCGGCGGCUUUCCGGGCGCCUGAGGUUCUAUUCCGGCCGGAUUUGAUUGGUGAAGAGUACGAAGGCAUUCACGAAGUUUUAGUUUAUUCCAUUAUGAAGUCGGAUUUGGAUUUGCGCAAAGUUCUGUUCAAGAAUAUCGUUUUAUCCGGUGGUUCGACGCUGUUCAAGGGCUUCGGUGAUAGACUCUUGUCGGAAAUAAAAAAGAUUUCACCGAAAGAUGUGCAGUUGAAGAUUUCUGCCCCGCAAGAAAGAUUAUAUUCCACCUGGAUCGGCGGUUCGAUCCUGGCCGCCCUGGACACCUUCAAAAAGAUGUGGGUAUCCAAGAAAGAAUACGACGAGGAGGGUCAACGCGCUAUCCAUAGGAAAACGUUCUAACCCCGCUCUGCAACCCGCCGACGCGUGUGUUUUAUUAUUCUAAAUAAUGUAAAUGUAAAUAUACUCGCGCAGCUACGUCUUUUCCCGGUGAAAAACAAGCUUGAAAAGCAUACGAAACUUAACAAGUCAAUGUUUCCGCAUAGAUAUAUCAACAAUAUCACAAAAAACAAAAGAAAAGAAAAUACGUGGCGAUCAUGCGCCAUUUACAUGCAAACAUCAGAAUUAUAUUAUUUAUGUUAAUGUUUUACGCGGGACGUUUGUCGCAGCCUGCAAGAGUCGUGCUCACCAAUUGUUUUAAAUUAAUUAUUUUUAUAUUAAUUAGAUUACUGCCGCAAGUAACGCUUCUAUUUAUAUAUCAGCUUUUUCUAUUUCAACAACUAAAACUAGCACAAUUUUGUUUUCAAUGUGGGAAAUAUUCGAUAUGACACGCGGCUUGCAAAUAACAUAAACUAUGUAAAUUUACUUUGCGAAUCCCAGUUUAUAAUAUUAAUUUUGUAAUAAAUGAAGAAAUAAGAACGAAA